AUGUAUAAUCAACAAAAGAUAUUAAUUUCCAACCCUAAUUCCCUUUGUGAAGGAAGUCAAUCAUUCUCUCCUCCAUCAACAACUCUAACUCCAUCAUCCACACCUUCUAAUACUCCUACAACCUCUUCAUCAUCAAUUCCAACUCCCAAUAUUGCACAGAUUGCAUCUAUAGCUACAUCUCAUAUGACAAACCAGCAAAUAUUAUCUCCUUUUAUGUUCCAACAAGGAAUAAAUCAAGGAUUCAACAACGGUAUGUUGAACACAGCUUUAUAUAAUGAUCCAACAUUACUACAGCUCUUCUUUACAAACUUAUUCCAAGGGAACAAUGGAUUUAUGCCAUCAAUCUAUCCAUAUGGUUGUGGCUAUGCUCCCUAUAUUCCAGGAGGAACAGCAGGAGGUGCAGCUGGGGCAACAGUAAUUACUGGAACGAAGAAUGGAAUCCCAGGGGUAGAUAAUAUAUCAAUUUCCCAAACACUUAAGGAUAACGUGGAAUCCGCCAAAAACCUAGAAACAAAGUUAGUCAAAACUAAUGCUUCUGAUAACUUAGGACAAGUAAUUUUAUCAACUCCAGAAAGAGCUAAGCAGGAAAAUAUUCUUCCUACAGACAAAAUAGAAAUCACAGGAGGCCUUGAAAAUGGAAAUAUUGAUGACACAUCACUGAAGAAGAGACGAAAGGAAUGCUCAAUAGACUCUGUGAACAGCAUUGUUGAGACCGUAGCUACAGAGACCAACUCAAAUAUGGAUGAAUCUAGCACUGAAAAGAAAUCCAUAAUUGAAGUUGAAACCAGAUCAUUUGAGAUCUCACAAGAGGACGAUACAGAAAACACAGGAGAGGAAGAUGAUUCAGAACAUACAACAGUUUUGGAAGAGAACCUUAUGGAGAAUGUGAGAAGUUCCUCUCAGUACUUACAUUUAAAGUCCGAGGAAGCCAAAUCAAAUACAAACAACCUCAAUUCUUCUAUUGGAGGAGGAUCUAAUAUUUCAGCAACUUCACAUGAGGAUGAACUCUUCCUCUCUAACGACAGAAAAACCUCUUUCGACAAAAUUAUGAGAAUCCACUCUAGUUUAAUAGGGUCUCUCUCUUGGACAGUCCCAACGGACAAGGAUGAUACCAUUUUGAAAUCAGUCAAAGAAAACAACGGAAAUGGUGAUAGUGAUGCGCCAAACAAUAAAUUCUCAACAGGUAUCAGUAAUAGUUCAUCAUCAACCAAUAAGCAUGGUGAAUCUAGUAAGUCUCUCAACCAAAAUGGACAAGAUGAGUAUAAUCCAUUUAUCCAAAGAGACUACAACCCAGCAAACGUCGCAUGUUUCUCACCAAGAAUGCUCCCUGAUUGGCAGCUGAACUGGCUUAGAGAUGUCACCAGAUCUCUUUCUAACGUACCCAAGAGCCCAAUGACAGGAAUCCAUUUUGACAGGACGAAGCCUGCAUGGGCAGUCUCCUAUUAUGAAUGUGAAACCAGAAAAUACUACUUCUUUUUCAUCCCAGAUCUUUCAGAAUACACCAUUGAAAUUACUUUGGCCGCUGCUAUUGGCUGCAGACAAAAUGUUGUCGCAAGAGGUGCCCAUAAAAGAAAGAAGCCAGGGGUACUCACUUUUAACCUUUAUAGCGGACAGUUCGAAAAAUCUACUUCUGAAGCACACACUAUAAACGAAAUCGCUCCAGAACAUUCAGGGAUUUGCCGCCAAGGAUUUAGAAAGAAUGCAAUACUCGGAGCCAACAAUGCUUGCAACAACAUGAAGAUCCAGUGUGCUGGGCCCAUUAACCAUCAAAACUCUGGUGCCUCAUCCAUUCUUAACAACACCAUCACGCCUGAAUUUUCUGGCAAUAAUCAAACCCAACCUAAUAGCCAUCACCUCUCUACCUUAUUCGUACCAAACAGAAACCAUAUCAAUUUGUUAGACCCCUCAAUGUCUACACUCAGUAAUUUUCAUGUUACCAGUCAAAUGCAUGCACAUCCACAUGCAGGUGCCGCUCAAUUUUUAUUUCCCCACAUGGCAAUAAAUGGUCAACAUUCUUCGCAACCAGCUGCAAUGGCUUCUUUAAUGCAAGGGGCUUCCCAAAAUAUGAUGUUGGAGACUUUUCAGCAAAAUGCACUAAGGAAUGCAUCUUUGCUCUAUGCAGCAGCGUUAUCAUCUUCAGGACCCACUGGGCUUUGUGGUGCAGUUAAUGCUCCACAUUUGCCAAUUAAUAAUCCAGUUUCUUCUUCUAUUGCAAUUUCUGCGAAUGUUGGCCCUGCUAUUGUAGUGGAUAGUUCUUCAUUGGGAAAUAUUGACGCAAAUACUGGGAAUUGUGGGAACCAAGUAAUACUGCCAUCAGAAACAAAAGCAGUUUCCACUUCUCCAAAUGCCCAAACUACAUUCGGAUCUAAUAAUAAUGCUGUGGAGAAAAUCACUAAAUCUUCAGUAGUUCCUGUUUCUAACAAUAAUACCACAAAAACAAGUGUUAUUGAUAACGAAAAUAUUACUUGCACAACUACUGAUUCUGCAUGUAUUCCCGUUGCUCCUGUAACCCCAGCUUUAUCUUCCAGCAAUGAGAAUUCCAACAACAGCAAUAUAAUGCUAGAUAGAGUAGCUUUGGGAAAGCUAGUUUAG